AUGAUCUGGCCCCAUAUGCUUGCCUCCAUGGCGUCAGAAAAACGUGACGCGUCGCGCUACACUGUGAAUGUCGAGACCCAAGAGAAAAUCUAUAAAUGGGCGAGCGCCGGGGUCUGGUGGGAAGCCAAGGCCAAGGCGAGGGCUCGAGUCGAGUGCCAAAAACGCAUCCAAUCGCCAGGAGCACGAUCACACCCGGAACAAGGUAACACCGGGAACCUGCUUCGUCAGCAUCACGUGUGCACUCCCGCGCCGCCACGUGACAUGCACGGGGUCCACGCUCCGCGCUGCCCUGGAUCGCCAUCCCUGGCCGCCAGGCCGUUGAUACCGUUGCGAUUUGCCCAACGAUGGUGGCCAGUGUGGCAAACGCCAGUUGCUACCCGCCAACUACCCAACGAACACCUGCCAAUGAACGCAUGUGUCCCUGACCCUGUGGGUUCUGACGCUCCGCUCGUCCCCCAGACCGUGCCCCUGCAGCCCAGAGACCCGCGCAGAGGCUCCCCACACGUGAAUCACCGCUCUAUAGCGCGCGCGCAAAUCACAUGCCCCGCACAAAAGGGGCAAGGGAAGCAAGAACGUGUCUCGAGCACGAGCAAGCACGAGCUUGGGCUGUGUGCACUUCUGACCACGAGCGAGCACGAGCAGCACGAGCAGCACAAGCAAGCACAAGCAAGCACGGCUCUCGUGGAGCACAAGAAUGGCAAGCAUAAACACUGUACUGUGCUGGCCUCCUCCGACCAAACCGCUCCCACUAUCGCCUCUCGCGCUUUUCCCCGUGCCCAACAUCCAACAAUUCCUAAACGGGGAAAUCCGGGGCAACACCUAGAGCUUUGCGGUCGGUGCGGGCCACGGAUCCGUUUCACCGCAUACUCGGCUCGGGCCUGCCCGGGCAACAGCUCCUUCCGGACAUAUAUCUCCGCACGGAGUAGCUUUUUCCUGCAUGAGGCGCACAUGUGA